AUGGGUCUCGCGGCUAUUUGGCUUCAUCGGAUUGUGCUCAUAUACUUUUUGGGGUUUCAACUGCCCUCGAUAUCUUCAUUCAAGAACUGUGGUCCGGAAAAGCAAUGUGUACCGUAUGAGCAGUGCAAUGAGGGUUUAAUGGUAGACGGAAAAUUCUAUCCGGAUCGCAGUCGAACGACGUUGGAUGAGAACUGUCACUAUAUGGAAAAGUGCUGUAAUAUCCACGAUACGCUCUUGACACCGGGAUAUCAACAGGAGGCGACCAACUGGCCGUGUGGAGGACGUCACGAUCUUUGGUAUUACCUCCGACCUCUGGGUUACAAGCAGCAGGAAGCCAAGUUUGGCGAGUUUCCUUGGCUGGUGGCGAUCUACGGGGCGGGUGAUUACCUUUGCAGUGGAGCACUCAUCACUCCGCUGGCGGUGAUCACCGCAGCCCAUUGUGUCCAGAAUGUAGAAACCGAAAAGCUUCUUCUGGUGGCUGGAGAAUGGGAUGCCGCCGUCGAGCUGGAACCUCAACCGCAUCAAGCGAGAUUGGCCGUUGAGUCAUUGUUGCAUCCAAAUUUCACGCAGAUGCCGCUGGCCAACAACAUGGCGAUUAUUAUAGUAGACAAGAAGACCCCCUUUCUGCUGGCUCCCAAUGUUCAACCCAUCUGCCUUCCGCCUCCUGAAAUGAAGUACAAUUACAGUCAGUGCUACAUAUCCGGUUGGCAAAGGGGCGACUUUGUUGGAUCAACGAUCCUGCCUAAGCGAUGGACCCUCUAUGUCCUGCCACCUGAUCAGUGCAGAGUCAAGUUGCGAUUGUCAUUUUUGGGACGACGACACACCCAUAAUGAUAGCCUACUAUGCGCAGGAGGGGACAAGGGCGACUUUGUUUGCGAUGAUGUAGAGAUGACCGGAGUGCCCCUGAUGUGCCCAAUUUCCGGCCACGAUGAUCGAUUCCUUUUGGCCGGUCUUCUGACGAGAACAGCUCGCUGCGAUGGCCCACAACUUCUCGGUAUUUACACAAACGUUAAGUUACACCGGCAAUGGAUCGAUCUAAAGCUGAGGGAACGCGAACUCGAUAUCCGGCAAUACAUGGUGUGAGUAGAUCCCCGAUAUAAAAAUAAAACAUUUCUAGGAAAACUCUGGCUUGGUUGUACUCGGUUCCUAUUAGUUUCUGAUUUCGUUUAAAAUACCCAACGGAUUGUAAAU